AUGCCCUGGAGACAGGAGAACCCCCCUGCCCCUGAGUGCCAACCCACAGGCCUCAUCCCUGGCCACUCAGCACCUGGCUUUGAAGGGCUGUUUUAUGUGACAGCCACUCCCCUGCCUGUCGUGAGGGGGCCCGGGUGCUCCACUCAGAUUGAUGGAGCCCUGCAGUCAAGACUGGGCAUUCCUGUCCAACAGCAGGUCUCCCCUCUCCCGCCUCUGCAGGCAGAGGUGUCCAGGACCUGCCUGCUCACGGUUCAUGUCCUGAGGGCCCAUCGCCUACCCUCUAAGGACCUAGUGACCCCCUCUGACUGCUACGUGACUCUCUGGCUGCCCACAGCCUGCAGCCACAGGCUCCAGACACGCACAGUCAAGAACAGCAGUAGCCCUGUGUGGAACCAGAGCUUUCACUUCAGGAUCCACAGGCAGCUCAAGAAUGUCAUGGAACUGAAAGUCUUUGACCAGGACCUGGUGACCGGAGAUGACCCUGUGUUGUCAGUGCUGUUUGAUGCGGGGACUCUGCGGGCUGGGGAGUUGCGGCACGAGAGCUUCUCACUGAGCCCUCAGGGUGAGGGGUGCCUGGAAGUUGAAUUUCGCCUGCAGAGUCUGGCUGACUGUGGCGAGCAGCUCGUCAGCAAUGGCGUUCUGGUGGCCCGGGAGCUCUCCUGCUUGCACGUUCAACUGGAGGAGACAGGAGACCAGAAGCCCUCAGAGCGCAGAGUUCAGCUUGUGGUUCCUGGGUCCUGUGAGGGUCCGCAGGAGGCCUCUGUGGGCACUGGCACCUUCCGCUUCCACUGCCCAGCCUGCUGGGAACAGGAGCUGAGGAUUCACCUACAGGAUGCCCCCGAGGAGCAACUAAAGGUGCCACUGAGUGCCCUGCCCUCUGACCAAGUGGUGAGGCUUGUCUUCCCCACGUCCCAGGACCCCCUGAUGAGAGUGGAGCUGAAAAAAGAAGCAGGACCGAGGGAGCUGGCCGUGCGACUGGGCUUCAGGCCCUGUGCAGAGGAACAGGCCUUCCUGAGCAGGAGGAAGCAGGUGGUGGCCGCGGCCUUGCGGCAGGCCCUGCAGCUAGAUGGAGACCUGCAAGAGGACGAGAUCCCUGUGGUAGCUAUUAUGGCCACUGGCGGUGGGAUCCGGGCAAUGACUUCCCUGUACGGGCAGCUGGCCGGCCUGCAGGAGCUGGGCCUCUUGGAUUGCGUCUCCUACAUUACCGGGGCCUCGGGCUCCACCUGGGCCUUGGCCAACCUCUAUGAGGACCCAGAGUGGUCUCAGAAGGACCUGGCAGGGCCCACUGAGUUGCUAAAGACCCAGGUGACCAAGAGCAAGCUCGGUGUGCUGGCCCCCAGCCAGCUGCAGCGGUACCGGCAGGAGCUGGCUGAGCGUGCCCGCCUGGGCUACCCAAGCUGCUUCACCAGCCUGUGGGCCCUCAUCAACGAGGCGCUGCUGCACGACAAGCCCCAUGACCACAAGCUCUCAGAUCAGCGGGAGGCCCUGAGUCAUGGCCAGAACCCUCUGCCCAUCUACUGUGCCCUCAACACCAAGGGGCAGAGCCUGUCCACUUUUGAAUUUGGGGAGUGGUGCGAGUUCUCUCCCUACGAGGUCGGCUUCCCCAAGUAUGGGACCUUCAUCUCCUCUGAGCUGUUCGGCUCUGAGUUCUUCAUGGGGCGGCUGACGAGGAAGCUCCCUGAGUCCCGCAUCUGCUUCUUAGAAGGUAUCUGGAGCAACCUGUAUGCAGCCAACCUCCAGGACAGCUUAUACUGGGCCUCAGAGCCCAGCCAGUUCUGGGACCGCUGGGUCAGGAACCAGGCCAACCUGGACAAGGAACAGGUCCCCCUUCUGAAGAUAGAAGAACCACCCUCAACAGCCAGCAGGAUAGCUGCGUUUUUCACUGAUCUUCUGACACGGCGCCCACUGGCCCAGGCCACACAUAAUUUCCUGCGUGGCCUCCAUUUCCACAAAGACUACUUUCAGCAUCCUCACUUCUCCACCUGGAAAGCUACCACUCUGGAUGGGCUCCCCAACCAGCUGACACCCUCGGAGCCCCACCUGUGCCUGCUGGAUGUUGGCUACCUCAUCAACACCAGCUGCCUGCCCCUCCUGCAGCCCACUCGGGACGUGGACCUCAUCCUGUCAUUGGACUACAACCUCCACGGAGCCUUCCAGCAGCUGCAGCUCCUGGGCCGGUUCUGCCAGGAGCAGGGGAUCCCGUUCCCGCCCAUCUCGCCCAGCCCGGAAGAGCAGCUCCAGCCUCGGGAGUGCCACACCUUCUCUGACCCCACCUGCCCCGGAGCCCCUGCGGUGCUGCACUUCCCUCUUGUCAGCGACUCCUUCCGGGAGUACUCGGCCCCUGGGGUCCGGCGGACACCUGAGGAGGCGGCGGCUGGGGAGGUGAACCUGUCUUCAGUGGACUCUCCCUACCACUACACGAAGGUGACCUACAGCCAGGAGGAUGUGGACAAGCUGCUGCGCCUGACACAUUACAAUGUCUGCAACAACCGGGAGCAGCUGCUGGAGGCCCUGCGCCAGGCGGUGCAGCGGAGGCGGCAGCGCAGGCCCCAGUGACAGCCGGAGCCCCUGCCUGGCCCUGCCACCCCUGACUCUCAUUCAUUCCCUGGCUGCUGAGUUGCAGGUGGGAACUGUCACCACCCAGUGCUUCAGAGCCUCUGGGGCUCAGGUGACCCUGUUCCAGGGUCCAUGCUGAGGGCUGGGAGCUCCCUGGGGCCUCAGCAGUUUGCAGUGGGGUAAGGAGGCCGAGCCCAUUUGUGUAAUCACCCCAUGGCCCGUGUCUGUUUUCCCUUCUGCACUACCUUGAGUAGUUGUACAAGGUGAGAUGGAACACUUGAUACAUUACAGACUCAUACAAAUGUGA